AUGGAUCUUCAACAGCACUACGAGCAAGUCCACCAGCAAUGGCUUACGGAUCAACAACAGCAGCAGCACAACCAGCAGCUCUAUGCACAGCACCUCCAACAACAGAACGCUGGCAGGACUACACCCGAUCUGCAUCGAAAGCGAGGUCUGGCCAACGAGUCGGACGAGUUCAUGGGCAUCAAGAAACGCAAUAUGGGCUCUGAGGCAACGGCUCAGGGUAUGUUUGGCUAUCCGGAAACAGGAGCAGAUAGCCCUGGAUCGAUCAUGUCGGCAGAAGGGGGAAUAGGGGCACAAGCACAGGCGGGCUACUUUGAUCAGCAGCCAUACUUCUCCGGCUCUUCCUCAGCAGCGACCAGUCCUCACCAGGGUAUCGGACUCUACCAUCAGCAACAAAUUCAGCAAGCCAACACCUCUGCGCCCUCCACACCUGCGACCAAUCUUGGCAGCAGCAACAACACCAACAACGGUGGUCAAUCUUUGUUGUCGAGGUCCCCGGGCAGUACGUCGAUCUGGGGUUCUUUGGCACAAGGCUCGCAUUCUAGCCCACCCACCCCAAGUGCGGCAUCUAUUGCAGGACGGACGACAGGAAUGGCAGCCAACAUGGUCGCCUCGAACCUGAUAUCUGGAAGUAAUGGUGCUGAUGGAGGAGACUUCCAGAAGCGACUGUUGGAGGAGCAGCAGCAGUUGCAUGAUGCUCAGCAGCAGGAACAACAGAAGCUUCAGAUGGCACAGCAAUGGGAGCUUGAGCAGAUGCAGCGGCACCAGCACGAAGUCCAGCAGACUAAGGCACAGCAACCACAGCAAAUGCAGUUUCUACACAGUCCUCCCUCAGCGGCGCCUAUUCAUCACGACCAUAACGAUCCAGCGACUUGGGGAAGUUACAACAGUGUCCCCGCGGCAGUUGGAGGAGCAGGACAGUUUACGGGAUACUUGGGCGGGUAUGGCAAGGGAUAUACACCAUCGUCGAUUGGAGGCGUGGCGGCUUUGGCUGCGGCCUCUGCGAUGGCUGCAAGUCGACACACACCAACGAAUGGGCACCGUGGUGAUUCUGGCAUGGAUAUGGACUUUUAG